AUGCCUCAGAACGAGUAUAUCGAACGCUGGCAGAAGCAGCACGGCAAGCGGCUGGAUCACGAUGAGCGGCUGCGCAAGAAGCAGGCUCGUGAGUCGCACCAGCAGUCGAAGGAUGCACAGAAUCUGCGCGGCCUGAGGGCCAAGCUGUAUCAGCAGAAGCGCCAUGCGGAGAAGAUCCAGAUGAAGAAGCGCAUCAGGGCGCAGGAAGAGAAGAAUGUCAAGUCUGCCGCCCCCGACGAGCCCUCCAAGACCCCUCUGCCCCAGUACCUGCUCGACCGGUCGCAGGCGACCAACGCCAAGGCCCUCUCCAGCGCUAUCAAGGACAAGCGCGCUGAGAAAGCGGCCAAGUUCGCCGUUCCGCUGCCUAAGGUCAAGGGCAUUAGUGAGGAGGAAAUGUUCAAGGUUGUCAACACGGGCAAGAAAACACACAAAAAGUCGUGGAAGCGAAUGAUCACCAAGCCUACUUUCGUCGGAGGCGACUUCACCCGUCGGCCGGUCAAGUACGAGCGCUUUAUUCGGCCCAUGGGUCUGCGAUACAAGAAGGCCAACGUCACACACCCUGAAAUGGCUGUCACCGUGCAGCUGCCUAUUCUGUCGGUUAAGAAGAACCCUCAGAAUCCGCUGUAUACCCAGCUGGGUGUUUUGACCAAGGGUACUAUCAUUGAGGUCAAUGUUUCCGAGUUGGGUCUUGUCACUACCAAUGGAAAGGUCGUCUGGGGUAAAUGGGCUCAAGUGACCAACACUCCUGAAAACGACGGCUGUGUCAAUGCGUAA